AUGGAUCCUCUUAGCAUCGAAGAAGAAGACGAAGAGGCAUUGGCGACACUCGUCCCUGUUCCAUCUCGCCGUAAAACACAUUCCUAUAGCCAACAAUUCGACUUCAAACCACACCACCAGAUCCGCAAACACAGCCUCGACGAAGUCCCUAGAUCCGCCAAUUUAGGAUCCGAACCCGUUUACUUCGAUUCCUCCGACGACGAAUUCUCCACCGGAGGUAAUAUCGUCAACGGAGAAACCACCACCGAUGGAGGAGGAAUCAUCGGAGGAGGCGAGGAUUACUCCGUCGUCACUCCUCCACCUAACGUCGGACUCGGUGAAGACGACGUCGAGCCGCUCCCGGAAUUCAUCGGAGCAGGAGGCGGCGCCGGGAUUUUCAAGGUUCCGGUUCGUGCGGCGGUGCAUCCCGGAAGACCGCCGUGUCUCGAGCUCCGUCCGCAUCCUUUGAGGGAAACCCAGACUGGGAAAUUCUUGAGGAAUAUUGCUUGUACGGAGACUCAGCUUUGGGCUGGUCAAGAGAACGGAGUGAGAUUUUGGGAUUUGGAAGAGGCUUACGAGGUUGGAAGUGGAAUCGGAGGUCAAGUACGGCGAGGUGAUGAAGAUACGGCGCCGUUUCAUGAGUCUGUGAUUACUUCGCCUACCAUGUGUUUGUUAUGUGACCAAAGUAAUAAGCUUUUGUGGAGUGGUCAUAAAGAUGGCAAAAUCAGAGCUUGGAAGAUGGAUCAAGGCUCUUCUGUUUGUGAUGAUUCAAAUCCGUUUAAGGAACGUGUCUCGUGGCAAGCUCAUCGUGGUCCAGUCAAUUCCAUUGUCAUUAGCUCUUAUGGUGAUAUGUGGUCAUGUUCUGAAGGAGGUUUGAUAAAAAUAUGGCCUUGGGAUACAUUAGAGAAAUCUCUUUUGCUUAAACCGGAGGAGAAACACAUGGCUGCGUUAUUAGUGGAGAGAUCAGUGAUUGAUCUCAGGAGCCAAGUUACUGUGAAUGGGACUUGCAGUAUUUCUUCCUCAGACGUUAAGUAUUUGUUAGCUGAUUCAGUAAGAGCUAAAGUGUGGGCUGUGCAGUCACUCUCAUUCUCAAUCUGGGAUGCUCGGAGUAAAGACCUUCUGAAAGUUUUGAAUGUUGACGGGCAAGUUGAGUGUCGUGUGGACAUGCCACCGGUACAAGACCAACAAUUUGACGAUGAGAUGAAAGUGAAGUUCUUCUCGGCUUCCAAGAAGGAAAAACCACAGGGCUUUCUGCAGCGAUCGCGGAAUGCUAUAAUGGGAGCUGCAGGAGCUGUUCGCCGAGUGGCCACUAGAAGUGCAGGAGCGUUUUCGGAAGAUACUAGGAAAACAGAAGCUAUCGUGUUAGCUGUAGAUGGAACGAUUUGGACUGGAAGCAUGAGUGGCCUAAUUGUGCAGUGGGAUGGAAAUGGAAGCCGCUUGCGUGAUGUGAAUCACCAUCAGCGGCCUGUUUUGUGCUUUUGCACAUUUGGAGAUCGAAUAUAUGUGGGUUAUGCAAGUGGAUACAUCCAGGUCUUGGAUCCUGAUGGAAAGUUAAUUGCAAGCUGGGUUUCACACAAUGAACCUGUGAUAAAGCUAGCAGCAGGUGGUGGUUAUGUUUUUAGCUUGGCCACUCAUGGUGGAGUACGAGGAUGGUAUGUGACAUCUCCAGGACCCCUGGACAAUAUUAUCCGAACUGAAUUGUCUCAGAAGGAAACUUCAUAUGCCAGACAAGACAAUGUUAGAAUUUUAAUUGGUACUUGGAAUGUUGGUCAAGGACGGGCUUCACACGAUGCACUUAUGUCGUGGUUGGGCUCUGUCACUUCAGAUGUUGGCAUUGUCGUUGUUGGGUUGCAAGAGGUGGAGAUGGGAGCAGGUUUCCUUGCCAUGUCUGCUGCUAAGGAAACGGUUGGACUUGAAGGAAGUGCUGUGGGACAAUGGUGGAUUGAUGCAAUUGGAAAAGCACUUGAUGAGAAAAACACUUUCGAGCGUAUGGGUUCAAGGCAGUUGGCAGGACUUCUGAUAUCUCUUUGGGCGAGGAAGGAUAUUAGAACACAUGUUGGAGAUCUUGAUGUUGCAGCAGUCCCAUGUGGCUUUGGCCGUGCCAUUGGCAACAAGGGAGGUGUAGGUCUGAGAAUCAGAGUUUAUGACCGAAUCAUGUGCUUUGUGAAUUGCCACUUGGCUGCGCAUUUGGAGGCAGUUAAUCGCAGAAACGCGGAUUUCAAUCACAUUUUUCGAUUGAUGGUGUUUUCCCGAGGACAAAAUCUAAGUAACGCCGCAGUUGCUGGUGUCUCAACAGCAGCUUAUACAGUCAAGACUACCACUAAUCCAAGCGCCGGUACUACUGAAGAAAUCAAGUCUGAUUUAGCAGCAGCAGACAUGAUCGCAUUUUUCGGCGAUUUUAACUAUAGGCUGUUUGGUAUAACCUAUGAUGAAGCGAGGGACUUCAUUUCGCAGCGAUCUUUCGAUUGGCUCAGAGAAAGAGACCAACUUAGACAAGAGAUGAAGAUUGGAAAAGUCUUCCAGGGAAUGCGUGAGGCAUUAAUCACUUUCCCUCCGACUUACAAAUUCGAAAGGAACCGCUCAGGCCUAGGAGGAUACGAUUCAGGUGAGAAAAAGCGAAUUCCUGCAUGGUGUGACAGAGUUAUAUAUAGAGACACUCAAUCAAGCCCAUUCUCGGAGAGCAACUUGCAAUGCCCUGUAGUUUCAUCGGUUAUAAUGUAUGAAGCUUGCAUGGAUGUUACUGAAAGCGAUCACAAACCUGUGCGCUGCAAAUUUCAUGCUACCAUAGCUCACGUUGAUAAAUCUGUGCGGAGACAGGAACUGGGGAAAAUAAUAAGGUCCAAUGAGAAAAUAAGAUCCAUAUUUGAGGAUCUAAAAUCGGUUCCAGAGACGACUGUGAGCACCAACAACAUUGUUCUUCAGAGUCAGGACACAGUCAUCCUAACAAUCACAAACAAUUCAACCACAAGUAAAGCCAUCUACAGCAUUUUAUGCGGCGGUCAGACUAUUGUUAAGGAUGACGGAGAAGAGGUUGAAUAUAUUCCACGAGGCUCCUUUGGUCUACCUCGCUGGCUUGAGGUUUCACCAGCAGCUGGGAUAAUAAAACCGGAAGGAACCGUUGAUGUGAAGGUUCAUCACGAAGAUUUUCACACAUUGGAGGAGUAUGUUGAUGGCAUCCCGCAGAAUUGGUGGUGUGAAGACACUCGAGAUAAAGAAGCACUCCUGAUGGUGAACAUUCGAGGAAGCUGCUCAACUACAUUGACAAGCCACUCUAUCAAAGUCCGUCACUGCUACUCAGCCAGAGUAUGCCUCCUUGAAAACAAACCCACGAACCUAACAAAGAACCUAGGAGGUUCACGUCAUUACCCAACAGAUAUUAGCCGUAGUGGAAGCACUAGACCUAAAACCGAUGACUCGGUUAGGCGGGGUAAAAGCCGGUGA